UUCAGCAAUUCGAUACGGAAAGAAUGUCGAAUGCUUGAGUGCCCGAAUCGGGGCUGAUUGGGUAACAGUAACAUUUCAGAGGGUAAAGACUAGACAGACGACCAGUCUCUUCAGUCGUACCAGGCAAGACUGCGGCAAUUUCCCCCAAAUCCUACGUCGGUGCAGUGCUUUCGUCAUAACCUCAUACUUAGAACCAGUCCCACCCGCACUUCUCUAUCGCUACCAUUCUAUCCCACUCGCUGGUCUGUGGAACUCUUUCCUACUCCCCCCCCUUCUGUGCUCGAGGCUCGCCCGGCUCCUCUCUCUCGCAGACAAGCGGCUUUUGCCCCAGUCGGCUUCUGUUGGCCGCCUGUGACAUGCAAUCACAACAGUCAAACUCAGCUGCACCAGGAGAAAGCGCUGGGGGCCGGCCUCUUCGUGCUCUGCUCCCCGCAACAUCACCCAGGAGCGAGCCUCCGCCCACACACUCAAAGCGAGCUCGCGUAACCCUAGCUUGCGCGGCAUGCAGAACUCGCAAAACCAAGUGUAAUGGCGAGCGCCCUCAGUGUAGUGAGUGUGCGGCUCGUGACAGCCAGUGUCAGUACAAGGAGACGGAAACUGCCCAAACCAAGCGUAAGCAUCAGGACCUAGAAGAGCUGUUCGAGUUACUCAAGUCGCUGCCGUACGAGGACGCGUCCGAGGCACUAGCACGAAUCAGGGCGGGUGAGGAGCCGCGGGACAUUGUCGAAACUAUUACGCAUGGCAAUGUGCUUAUGCAGAUUGCCACGGAGAUUGGGGGCAGCAGGCCUAGUGCUGAUGAGAGUCCGACUAAGAGCAGGAGAGGGAGCGCCAGCGGCAUUGAAGAUGAAGAAAAGACGAAGUCUGAGAGUGCUGGCGGUAGUGGUGGUGUUGCUGGCAGCAGCGGGGAUACCCAGGAGCUAGAGCCAAGGACGGCCGAUGUACCAACGAGAGAAAAGAGCCGGUGAGGCAGUCAGGAGAACUACUACGUUACGUUUCAGAGAUCGCUUCGCACAACCGACGAGCCGCCUUUCAACAGCCGUCCCAUAGAUGGACGGGGACCCGUGGAGGAGUGUCCCCCACUCAUUGAUUCAGCCACAGCCUCAACGAGACAUCCACUUCGAUGUCCCUUCUCCCCAGACCUACGCAUGAGAAUUCUUAGUCUACAAUUUCUGCGCGCCCAAAUUUUGCCUUCCCCUUGUCAAGGCGCCGAAGUCAAAUCAUGUAUACAUACUUUAUCUUGUCUUGAAGCUGUAAGUCGAAGCAACAAUACUACUAGUC